AUGACGAAGAACCCAGUCAACCACGGCCGUGCCAAGCACAUUGAUAUCAAGUACCAUCACAUCCGUGAUGAGGUCAAGCGCGGUGAAGUGAAGCUCAAGUACUGUGAAACUGCGGUGAUGUUAGCGGACAUCAUGACGAAGGGACUUCACGGGCCACGCCACAAGGAGAUGACGGCGACUCUCGGGAUUCGUGAGCAUUCGGAUUGA